AUGGCUGGACAUGUGUUAUUUUGUUUGACAGUGAUGGUUUUUAUAACGAAAGUGCCAAGUCGUCGUGUUGUUGACCUAUCCUACGAUAUGGAUUACAACAGUCUGACGUACCCAAUCAAUCCUCGAUUCAACCUUUCGAUCCAAUAUUCAGGGCCAUACGGAACUGCUCCAUGGCUGGAGUUUGGAAAUGUGGAAUUUGCAGAGCACACAGGGACACAUGUGGACUCUCCAAACCACUUCGACAAGAACGGUUUACAAGCUCAUCAAGUCAGUCUCGAACAACUUAUGGGUCCAGGCGUUGUGAUCAAUGUGAAGGCCAAUGCUGCUAAUGACAUAGACUAUCAAGUGACAGAUCAGGACCUGAUGGCAUGGGAAGAAAAACACGGCCGAAUCCCGAAUGGAGCUAUUAUAUUAAUGAAUUCUGGGUGGGGUUCUCGUUACCCAGACUUUGCUAGUGUGUAUAACUCUUCAACCUUCCAAGAAGACUUCUCGUCGCUCCACUACCCGGGCUUCCACUUGAAUGCUGCGCAGUGGCUUGUAAACAAUCGCGACAUCAAUGCUAUUGGAUGUGACACCCCAUCAGCUGACUACGGAAGGAGUUCUUCAUUUCCAGUUCAUCAGCUGGUCAUGAAAGAAGGGAUUCUUAUAAUCGAAAAUAUUGCAAAUAUGGACAAACUUCCCGCGAGUGGCUCUUACAUCUACGUUCCAAUGCUCAAAUUUAGAGGAGGAACAGGUUCACCGGCGCGCAUGUUUGCCGCCAUCGAAGACGAGGGAGACCGAACAAACAGUGCCACGUCUGUUUUCUCUUUUGUAUCAGUUGUUGGAUACGUGGCCAUCUUAGCAUUAUUUUAAAUUUAGGUUGUUUACUCCUGUUUUUACACUUUUUAGUUGUACAACCUGUCGAUAGCAUCAGUGUUAUUAUGCUGGUUGUAUUUCAAUGUGUUUAUUAACUGUAUUUAAAGAAUGGUAGCGUCUUGUAUAAUAAUUCACAAGAUGUUUUGUAGUUAGUGUGAUCAUUAGCAUCAAAAUUAUCAGAACAUCAUAAAUAUAGCCAAACAGUGCGUUAAAAUUACG